AUGCCACAAAAAGCAGCGGCGACGGAAGAGCUGGCGGCCGGCAGUGCCAUUGUCGUUCGGGCGCACUCCCGCGCCGAUGCGGUGACUGUGUACCAGAGCGAAAUGCAAGUGCGGCGCGUCGCGGAGGUCGCACUGCCUGCCACCACCUCCACCGCAGCCGCGGCGGAGCGGUGCGGCGACGAGGAGAGGGAGGACGACGUCCUGCAGCUGCUCUUCGCCAUGCCACCGCAGUUUCAGCAGGACUCGGUGCAAGUUCGGUUCGACGAGCACACCGCCGCCCGCGUCGUGCUGCGCGGGGUUCUCUUUGAGUCCACCCCUGCGGUGGACUGCGACGCACCCGUGACGCAGCAAGAGGAGGAGCUCGAGAAGGUCAGGAAACAGAUCAGAGAGCUCCAACGGUACCUCAAACUCAAUCUGCUCGAGCAGAAGGCCGUGAAGGAGGAGGCGGACCUGCACGCCAGCCUCUUCAAGCGUGCCUGUAGCCCCGUGACGGAUGGCCUGCAGGCGGCGCUUGAGGUGGACUUUUGGGAGGCACAGCUGGCGGAGUUGGAGACGUCCAUCGAAAUCGCCUUGGCGGAGCGGCGGCGGCUGCAAAAAGAAGCGGAUGGCGUGGAGUCGGAGGUGAAACGACUGCAGGAAGUUCUCGACGAAAUGAAGUACACCUCUACCCCAACAGACACCAGCGCGGCGUCGAAUCCGCAGGCGACCUCCGUGUGCAUCGUGCUGAAGGUCAAGGAGGCGCUGCCGCACGCGGUGGUGUACGUGUCUUACAUGUCCUCAGGCGCCUCCUGGCGGGCGGAGUAUGAAGUGGGGCUGGACAGCCAUCGGCAGUUGGUGACGCUGCGCUACAACGCCGUGGUGCAUGCCGGCGUGGAGGAUCUCCAAGACGUGGCGCUCACACUUUCCUCCGCCGUCCCAUGCCGCAACAGCGCCGAGCCAAAGCUUGAGCCGUGGCAGCUUCAACCCGGAUUGACGAUCGGUAACCCCAACUUCCUAGUGAUGUGUGCAGCGCAUGGGAGUUGCGAAAGCAGUGCGGGUGGCGAGAUGGGCAUUGAGGCUGCCAUGGCGAAUGAGAUGACGGGGAUGAUGACCUUCACCGUGCCAUCGCGCCACACACUGCGCCGGGGAGGCGCGGCGCUUCGGGUGCCGCUCACCGUCCUGGAAUGGAAGGCCACCGUGUCGUUCAUGACAGUGCCCGCCGUCAGCGAGAACGUCUUUGCCAAGGCAGUCUGCACAAACGAGAGCGACUACCUGCUUCUCCCCGGCAACGCCACUGUCACGCUCAACGGCGACUUUGUUGCAAACGACUCCCUCGAACAAACCGCCCCUGGCGAGCAGCUCAGCGUGCACUUCGGUGUCGACAAAACUAUUGAGGUCCGCCGGCGACUGCAGCAGCAGCUUACCACCAGCAUGAAGCCACAACUGUUUGGCCGCGGGUCGCGGCAACGACGGCUCUUCUCCUACACUACGACCCUCAAAAACAAAAAGCGGGACGAGGCCGUCACCGUGACGCUGCGGCAACACGUCCCAAAGUCGGAUGAGGAGGCACUCACCGUCCGCCUGCUGGAGCCCAAGAACUACGCCGCGACCGCCAACGAGGAGCAACGCCGACGCCUGGAAGUGGACGGGGUGCUAGAGGUGCAGCUGACGCUGAAGUCCAACGAGACAGUCGAACUGCCGUUCUCCUUCGAAGUUGAAGCCCCCAUCGGCGCGCACAUCUACGGCCUGUGA